AGUGUGUUUCACUACCGCGAGCCGAUAAACAAACAGCCCGAACGGGUGGAGGAAAACCGCGGUUACGGCGAACACGUCUCCUCGCCGAGGAGCUCACUUCCACCGGUUAGCACCGGGGCACCGGGGACUCUUCUGCGCGGUCUGAGCUCUCGGAGCGAUGAGAAAAAGCCCCGACAGCUCGCCGGUCCACGACGCGCACCUCGCAAGCAGCAGCCCGUCGAGUUGAACCUUCGUCCAAAAAUGUUGACGGGAUCUAAAACCACGUUCAAAGUGAGACAAAUGCUCCCGGACAUCAAGGAGAGGAUGCUGAGUCAAAGCGGCGUCAACGUAAGGAGUCGGGAUGUGUUCGGGCUGCGCUGCCUACCAGGCGAGUGCGUGCUCCAGCGAGCCGUCAUGGUGAGGAAGAAGUUGACUGCCAGGGAAGGACGGGGUUGGGUGUCUGGGACCCUCUUCUGUACCCACUUCAGAGUGGCCUUUGUCCCCCAGGACAGUCCCAAGCCCGACGACAAUGCAGAUCCCGUGCUGUUAGGAGAUCAUGAUGUGGCUUUGGCAUCCAUAGAGAAGGUCGUGGUUGUGGGCCCGAACCGGACCAAGCUGGUGACCCCAAACUCCUCCCUGAAGUUCACCCCAGAGGAGCUGGUGCUUUACUGCAGGGACCUGCGAGUCAUCUGCUUCCUGUUUGACCGCCUCACCCCUGACGCACAAGUCAUCGAGAUAACCUACACCAUCGCCAAGACCUACCAGCCUCCUAAACCAGGCUCCGUUUUAUCCUUCCAGAACGCCGCCCUGGGGAGCGUAGAAAUGAAGCAGUUUCUAAGCAACCGUCGGCGAGACACGCACAUGAACUGGUUUGAGUCGGCCUCGGACUGGGAGCAAGAGCUGGAGAGGUGCGGGGCCACAGGCUGGAGGGUCAGCUCAGUCAACGACCGCUUCGAGAUGUCCACCAGCCUGCCAAGAUCCAUCGUGGUUCCACAGAAGGUUUUGGACACGGAGCUGAAGAAAAGCUUCGCCCACUUCCAUGAAGGACGCAUCCCACGUUGGUGUUGGCGACACCCUCGAGGCAGCGAUCUCCUGCGAAUGGCCGGCUUCCAGAACAACAUCUACCACGAGAAAGACGACAUCAAGAACCUGGAGAUGAUCCUGUUUGGCUGCCAGUCGUCUCUGUGUGUGGUGGUGGAGCUGGACGAGGAGCUGCCGUCCCCUGCAGACAUCCAGCUGUCUCACGGCCGCCUGCGCGCCCUCUGUCUGGGAGACAUCUCCACAUCCGUCUCAGUGCCUGAUGACAGAUGGCUGUCUACCCUGGAGAGCACCCACUGGCUGGACUACACCAGGGCCUGUCUGAGGAAAGCUUCGGAGGUCGCCUGCCUGCUCCGCGGCGGUCACCUGACUGUGGCACUGCAAGAGGCGGACGACCGGGACAUGGGCUGUGUGGUGUCCAGCCUGGUGCAGGUGAUGUGCGACCCCCACUGUCGGACCCAGCGAGGCUUCCAGGGCCUAGUGCAGAAGGAGUGGGUGAUGGCCGGCCACCGCUUCUCCAGCCGCAUCAACUACCACCGCGACAAUGAUAAAGAGGAGGCCCCCGUCUUCCUUCUCUUCCUGGACUGUGUUUGGCAGAUCUCGUCCCAGUAUCCCACUCGCUUCCAGCUGACGGAGGACUUCCUGUUGGCCCUGCAUGACAGCAUCCACCUGCCACUCUUCUCCAGCUUCUUGGCCAACUGCCAGCGAGAGCGAUGCAAACGCUCCCAGAACCUCGGACAGUCCUACACUCCGGUCAACGGCUGGAGAGACGUGGACUCCUCCUCCGAUCCCUCGGACCCCCCUCUGCCCUCGGUGUGGGACUGGUCCCUGCAGUACAGCAAGCACAGACGGGACCGCUUCACCCAACCCGUCCCCCCGAUCCCUUCCCUCCAACCGCUGCUCAACGGCAACCUCAACACCCACCCGGACACACACAGGCCGUCCGACACCGUCCCCGGCUCCGUCUUCCUCCUCUCUCGAGGCACCUUCUCCUGCCCCGUCAACCUGCUCCCCUGGCGCGCCGGCAGUUCGGGCGUCUACAAGAAGAGCCACCGGCGGGCGGCGUCCUCGGAGAACGUGCCCGGCCUGGAGAGGCUGCUGAAGGCCUGGGCCAUGGCGGAGCUUCCCCAAGGCGUCACGUCCACAUCGGCCCCCCAGGGACCACUCGACCCCUACGAGCCCUUACUGCCUCUGCUGAUGGGGCCCUGCAUGGGCCUGUGGAAGGAGUGCUACCUCCGGGGGGCGCUGCACGCACAGGCCUUCUCCCACCCCGUCUCAGCGAACCACCCCCACCCUGUGGAGCGGCUGGCCCGCGAGGUGCAGCAGCUCAAAGACGAGCUGGCGCGAGCGUCCAGCGGCGCGGAUCCAAUCCCGCCGCCCAAGACGGCCGAGCCCCGACGGACCGACACCAACCUGAACCAAAACGCCAACAACGGCACCUUCCUCUUCCCGGCGUCGCGGCCUCAGAGCGCCUCGGCGCCCAGAGCGGCGCCCCCUCCUUCCUCCGCCAACCGCCAGACCUCCAGGGGCCCUCCUCCUCCGCCCGCCUCCGCUCCACCAAGCAGGCACGGCCACCACAGAGACAAUGGCGGCGGAAACAAGCACACGUUCCUGUUCGGGCACCCUCCCGCAGCGGAGCCCCGCCCCGACCAGCGCUAUUACCCAGCGCCCAAUGCUGCCAAGCUGCCUAAGAGCAACGGGUCCUCGGUGGCCUCCUGAGGUCUCUCAAACAGAGGAGACCCAGGCGGGUUUCUCCUCUCAAAUCGUAUUUGAUAGACAGUGAGGUUAUUAAAAAAAAAAAAAACAUUUGGGCGGCCCGCAGUGAACGCCGUGAGCAUCAUAUAAUCAGUGCAUGAGCUCUGGACUUGGCUACGCAUCGUCUGUACUGUAUUAAAAAGGAAUACGUGACAACCGUUUUGUAUAUUUGUAAAGAUCAUCUCUUCAAUGUCAGUGAAAUAUACCCAGACCAAAAGAAUACGUGCUGAAGAGUCCAAACAAUGUUUGGCAGCAGACCAAGUCCCGCCUCCGAAAGACACAAAGCUUGUUGUUUCCAGUUUGAGCUUCUUAUCAGCAGCGGGACGUAGAGACGGGUGCGAUGACGUGGUCCUUCAGGACACACGGCAGAGAACGGAGACGCCUGCCUCACCGGCUCCGACCCGCUUCACAUGGUUUUUAUUUUACAAAUAGCUCUUUAGAUUUGUAUCACGUCACACUGAUAUGGAGAAAAACACAAUUGUUCAAUUGAGUGCAAGUCCGCUUCAAAUAGAAAAGUCAAACGUCAUUUGGACACCGAGCACUGUUUGGGCGCCGUUGGCCGUCCCUUUAUGGUGGAAUUCAGGGCACGAGAGCUAUUUUGGUUCUGCCCUCAUAUCUCUGUGCUCGUGAGCAGCGCGAGGCCUUUCUUGCAGACUGGUAUGUUGGCCUGAAUGUGGCUGAAGGCAGCACACAUUUUCAGGGCUUUAAUUAUAUCAUCGGAUUAUUUCAUCUUUAUUAAACAUUUUCGACCAUUAUCGGUCCAAUUGUUUAAGUCACAUUGGAGAAGUGUGAUUUCUGAAUUCUGUUUCUCAAACGUAUUGUAUUUUGUAUUCUUUUGAGGAUUUCUCCAUUUUGUGGUGGAAUUGACGACAAACAUUGAAUUGCCGUACUUGGAGACGGUACCAGUGAAGCAAAAGGGAACCGAUUAUCGUGUCGCAGUCUGCAUUUGGGUCAAGGACUUGGAAGUGUCUGUAUUUAAAGCUCGGGGGAGCGAGCUGGUCCCGAGCCUUGAUGCUCAGCGCUCAUUCCCUCGGACAGACAAAAGGUUUCUAAAGGAGCGAGAUUUUAGAUCUUAUUUUUCGCCGGGAUACGGAUUGUCGUACGGGUGACCGAUGCCGACCUCUCUCCCUCGUGUCAAAAGGUACCUCGCUUGAUAACAUUAUGAAUUAAUAAAUGUAAAUCGCAUCAAUAUCUGCUUCAAUUUCAGAGCUUUCCAGGUGUGAUGCCAAUGCGCUCGGAGAGUCACACGGUCGUCUGUUUCCUGGCUUAUUGGAUUUUUUUGCUGCGCCUGUCGAUCCGUAUUGUUGUACAAUUACAUUUUUGGGGUACGAGCACCACUUAAAUUUGCCAGAUGUGCAUAUUUUUUGUAUCCGCAUGAUUUGAUCCUGAUAAAUAAAAGUGUUAUCAGUUGAAACUGUUCGUAACCUGUUCCGCAAAAAUAAAAGCCCAACCCUCA